AUGGCUCUCGAUUCUUCCAACGAGAAGAUCGCCAAUUCACCCGAUACCCAUGAACCAGACCACGAAGCCGGCAAGAUCGCCAGCAUUCACGAACAAGAUGAACUAGACAGACUAGGCUACACCCAAGAGCUACGCCGAAACCGAUCAGUCCUCACACUACUUUUCCAAACACUCGCCAUAGCAGCAAUUCCCUACGGCGACGGCAGUGCCCUCUCUAGCGCAAUCUACGGCGGAGGCCCCUUAUCAAUCUUCGUCGGAUGGAUAGUAGUCUGUCUUCUAGAUCAAUGUAUCGCCAUGUCACUAGCAGAGCUAGCAUCUCGGUAUCCCACCUCCGCAGGACCAUACUACUGGUCCUUCCAAAUAGCCCGAACAUCCAAAACAACAAUCUCAUUCAUCAAUGCCUGGAUCUGGCUAAUAGGUAAUUGGACAAUUACACUAUCUGUUAAUUUUGGAUUCGCAUCCAUGCUCUCAGCAACUAUAUCCAUGUAUCACCCGGACUGGAGCGCGAAUAACUGGCAAUUGCUUCUGAUCUUUUACGCGGUUUGUCUGGGUUCUUUGAUUAUUUGCACAUUUGCAAAUCGCUAUCUACCACAGGUGGAUAUUGCAUGUGCAACAUGGACCGCGCUCACCAUCCUCGUCAUUCUCAUCGCUAUCUCCGUCAAGGCAGAUGUAGGCCGACACAGCGUGUCAUAUACCCUAUCGCACUAUGAUAAGAGCUUCUCAGGCUGGGGAGGAUUUACCUUUUUCAUCGGUUUCCUCCCACCAGCAUAUACAUUCUCUGCCAUCGGCAUGAUCUCCUCAAUGGCAGAGGAAUGUCCAAAUCCAGCUGUGAAGGUUCCCCGUGCCAUCUCAUGGAGUGUACCAGUCGGUGGUAUUGCAGGUCUCUUCUUCGUUAUUCCUAUCUGCGCCACAUUACCUCCAUUAGCAGAUAUCAUCCAAGCACCAGGCGGCCAAGCACUACCGUAUAUCCUGAACCGCGUGAUGGGAUCCCCAAAUGCCGCUAUCGGGCUCGUCUUUCUGGUGUUGGUCGUCACUCUCUUCUGCUCAAUUAGUAUCACGGUAGCUGCUUCUCGGUGUACAUGGGCUGUAGCGCGUGACGAUGCGAUUCCUUUAGCCCGCCUCUGGGCGCAUGUUAAUCCCCAUCUCGGUGUGCCGGUGUGGUCUCUCAUUCUGCUCACGGUUAUUCAGAUGUUGCUCGGUCUGAUCAAUCUUGGAAGUUCGAGUGCGUUUACUGCAUUUGUCUCAGUUGGUGUCAUUGCUUUGGCUGCUGCGUAUGCCAUUCCAAUCUCUUUGAGUGUGUUGAAUGGUCGUGAAGAGGUGAAGCAGGCUCCUUGGAAUUGCGGUUCGCUGGUAGGCUAUACAGUCAAUAUCCUUGCCAUUGUUUGGAUCCUAUUCGAGCUGGUGUUAUUCAGUAUGCCGACUGUGUUGCCUGUGACACCAACCUCCAUGAACUAUGCAUCUGUUGUGUUUGUGGGGUUCAUGGCCAUUGCAGCUGUGUGGUAUGUGGUUUAUGCAAGGAAACAUUACAAGGGACCUCCCGAGUCUGACGCAUUGGAUUAG